AUGGGCGAGCAGUUCGAGAAUAUUGCCGCUGGGUCCCAACUUUUUGAUGUCCUCGCCGGCAAAUCCACCUUCAUCGGCAUUCGCAGAAUUAAUGGAACUUGGAGCUACGCCGAUGGAACACCAUUGACGUUCCAGAAGUGGAAGAGCGCGAAUGAGACAAAUCAAGUCGGCUUUGACUGCGCCAUGAUGCAGGGCAACGACUUCUCGUGGUAUUCGACAAAGUGCGAGCUGAAGUGGCCCUUCAUCUGCACGUUCCCGGAUGGAAGGGAUGGAAACUGCCCUAAUGGCUGGAAAUUCUAUCAACGCACCAGCUCGUGCUACUGGACUCCGAACGUCAACCGGAAUCAGCCCCUUAACAUCAGCCUCUACGACGCACUUUCUGCUGUACUGCUGGCCAUCAUCUCGGCCAAGUACUGCCCGCCCGGCUCGAUCGACUACAGCGAUGGGAAGGAGUGCGUGAUGGUCAUUGAUGCGGGAGCCGACUAUCCGACCUCUCAACGUCUCUGUCAUCUUAUGGGAGGCCGACUCAUCCAGGCGCAAAAUCAAUUCGAAAAUCUUGUAGCUGGAUCCCAGGCUCUUGACGUCCUCAGCGGCCACGCCGCGCUGAUUGGCGUCAUCCAGCUGAACGGAACUUGGAUGUACGGAGAUGGGACGCCGUUGAAAUACUCGGAAGUGGAAGACUCG